CAGCCCGCCUCCACUUCUGAAGUCAAAAAUAAUCUCCCAAUUGACCUUUCGCAAAACCCCGCCCCCAAACGGUCAUUGUCCAAUCAUACAUCCUAGCAACCGUUACUAUGUAAACAAGGUCCGACAAACAAAGUCCGACAAGCAAAAUGGUGAAGCGAUGUGCCUAUGGCGUAUGUAAAUCGGACAGUAGGUACCCCAAGAGUUUGGCUGGGGGAGUCGUGUUCUUUCCUUUUCCAAAGCCGAAAACACAACAGGAGCGGUGCCUACGAUGGAUCAAACAGUGUGGAAGGCCCCACUCCCAGCUAAAUGUCACGAAAAUAAACAAGCAUGCAUACGUCUGCUCCAAGCAUUUUGUGAAUGGACAGCCUACCCCUGAGUAUCCCGACCCUGUACUUGCUGUACAAGUGUCGAACCAGACUAGGGAGCAGCUCGGAGGCUGUCGAAAGCCACCCCAAAAACGAUGCAGAUUAAGUGUGCAGGAUGCCUCUGGCUCCACCUCCAGCACUGAUGAUGCAGACGAGACUCAACAGUAUAUUGUUGACAGUGAGAGUACUGAGCAACCCCCACUUCCUGGAUGCCAGCUAGAAAGGGAGCCUGAGGAGGAGCAGAGCACUGAAAAGGAGAAGAAAUUAGAAGAAGAAAACAACAACAUGAAAUUGAAAUUGUCUUUAAAGGAAACUGAAAUAGAAAGGCUGAAAGCACAAAUUAGCACACUUAAAAAGAAAACUCUAACACCUGAACUACUUGAAAGCAGUGAAAUCCCUAAAAUGUUGGAAUACAGUACUGGGUUUACAUAUGAUCGAUUCAACCAACUGUGCACAAUAUUUGGCAUCCCAAAUGAUCCACACACCACUCAAAUAAAUGUGCCCUUAAACUACAAGCGCAAUGAUUGGCAAGUUGCUGAGAUGCCCCUCCGUAGCCAGUUGCUGUUUGUUUUAAUGAAACUCCGCAACAACGAAGACCUAAAGAACCUUGCCUUUAGAUUUAAUAUAACCACGCAAACAGCAAGUACUAUUUUCAAUUCCUGGAUUCAUUAUAUGUUUGACGUAUUAGGUGAAUUACCAAUUUGGCCUCACAGAGAUGUCAUUGCACAAAACAUGCCAGAAACCUACAAAGCAGACUACCCAUCCACAUUUGCAAUAUUAGAUUGUACAGAGCUGAAAAUCGAAAGGCCAACGUCACUGGUGUUGCAAAGCCAGAGCUUUUCAAACUACAAAAGCACAAACACCCUAAAAUCGCUAGUUGCCUGUGACCCCCGUGGUGCUGUGAUUUUUUCAUCUGCCCUCUUCACAGGAUCCAUGUCCGAUAAGGAGAUAGUCAGGCAAUGUGGUAUCAUCCCGUUACUAGAGAAACUUAUAGAGAGUGGCUAUUUGCAAAGAGGGGAUGGCAUAAUGGCUGAUAAGGGCUUCUUGAUCGAGGAAGAGAUGCGAGCAGUCGGACUGCAGUUAAACCUGCCACCGUUUUCGAGAUUUAAGAGGCAAAUGCCCACUGGAGAUGUGCUGGUGACAAAGCGCAUUGCAAAGCACAGGGUGCACGUAGAGAGGGCCAUCGGUAAAAUAAAAAAGUUCAAGAUGGUGUCAGACAAAAUUCCUAAUACAAGGUUAGGGAUUAUAAAUCACAUCUUGUAUGUGGUGAGCAUGCUUUCAAACUUCCAGCCACACAUACUUAAGUAAGGGACAGUCUGGGACAGUCGUAGC